CGCCCACGACCCCAGAUGUCACCAGCGGCAUCAAGAGCGUCGUCGAGAGCGUCCUGAGCAAGUCGGGCAUCGACCCGGCCCAUAUCCUCAGCGUGGCCAUUGGGACAACGCACUUUGUCAAUGCCGUCGUUGAAGCCGAUGCGCGGAGACUCAGCAAGGUCGCCGUCGCCAGGCUCUGCGGCACCUUCAGCCAGGAUGUUCGUCUUCUUCUUCUCGUUGUCGUUGCUAUGUCGUCGUUGAUGCGUCGUUGCUGAUGCUGGUGGUUGUAGAUCCCGCCCUUUACAAACUUCCCUCCGGCAUUGCGGAGCAUCAUCGAGUGCCAGUCCUAUUAUCUGGACGGAGGUAAGGGACCGUCUGUCACUCUAUAACUAUAUUAGCUAUUGGAAUGCUAAGCUGACGCUGGCUGCAGGCCUCGAGAUCGAUGGCCGCGAGAUCACUCGGCUGGACCCCGAGCAGAUCCGGGAGGCCGCCAGGCGCAUCAGCGCAGCGGGAAUCACCAAGGUGGCCCUCGUAGGCAUCUUCUCACCCCUCGACCACAGCGGCAUCCACGAAGAGGCCUGCAAGAAGAUCAUGCUCGAGGUCGACCCGGGCCUCUCGGUCGUAUGCUCCCAUACCAUCGGCGGCGUGGGCCUGCUCGAGCGUGAGAAUGCCACCAUCCUCAACGCCUCCAUCCUCCAGCUGGCCCAGAAGACCGUCCGGGCCUUUGUGCAGGCCAUGUCGGAUCUCAAGCUUACCUGCAGCCUUUAUCUGACGCAGAAUGACGGUACCUUGACGGAUGCUGUCACUGCCUCUGAGCUGCCAAUCAAGACCUUUGCCAGUGGCCCAACCAACAGCUUGACCGGAGCUGCUUUCCUGGCCUCCCUGGACCGGAGAACCGGCAGCAUGUCAAAUGCAGAGAGACAGACACUGGUCAUCGAUAUCGGGGGUACGACUUCCGAUAUCUGUGCCUUGAUGCCGUCAGGCUUCCCCCGCCAGGCAUCGAACUUCGUUGAAGUCGGUGGUGUGCGUACCAUGUUCUCCAUGCCAGAAGUGCUCUCCAUCGGACUCGGAGGAGGAAGCAUUGUUCGUCAGGAUGGAACUCAUGUCUCUGUAGGACCAGACUCUGUUGGCCAUUACCUGACCAGCAAGGCCAAAGUGUUUGGUGGUGAUACCCUUACUACCACUGACAUCGUCGUUGCGGCUGGAAAGGAGCAGAUAGGAGAUGCAUCCGAGGUUGCUGAUGUCACUCAGCAGACCAUCGAGGAUGCACGAAAGGCCAUCACCAAGCUGCUCAGCCGUGGCAUCGAAAGCAUGAAGGUGUCUUCUCUUCCCGUUACCGUCCUCCUGGUCGGAGGUGGUUCAAUCGUCUACAUGGACGACCUCCAAGGCGUCGAAGAAUGCAUCAUCCCCCCUCACCAUGACUCUGCCAACGCCGUCGGUGCAGCCAUAGCCAAAGUUGCAGGAACAGCGGACGUCAUUGAGAUCCUUGCUGGAAAGGACGAGAAUGAAGUUCUCAAGCAAGUCCAAGCUACAGCUGUCGACAUGGCCAUCCAGCGAGGUGCAGAUAGAGACACCGUGAAGAUUGCUGAGAUCGAAAAGCUGCCUCUUCAAUAUGUCACCAACAAGGCUACCCGUAUCAUGGUCAAGGCUGUCGGCAAACUGAGAGUACCCACGGAGGAAGAGGCCGAGCAGGAGCGGGCUAAACUACCUGCCUAUACCAACGGUACCAACGGAGCCAACGGCCACAACGGCAACGGUGUUGAAGGUGAGAAAGCUGCCACCGCCGAGGACGUGUCUAGAUCUGCUGUCAAGCACUCGAUCUACGUCGAUAUACCAUUAUACAAGCCCGAAGUCGAGAAUGGCGUCUGGUACCUAAGCCCUCUUGACCUGGAAUUCAUUGCCUCUGGCACCGGCGUGCUGGGGACAGGUGGUGGUGGUCCUUCGUACCAACAAUACCUCAUUGCACUUGAAUGUCUUCGCAAGAAGGGCAAGCGGAAGAUGAGAGUAGUUAAGCCUGAAAGCAUGGCUGACACAGAUGUCUGCGUCUUCGCUUCCUGGUACGGAGCCCCCAGCGUGUCAUCAGAGCGUAUUCCCCAGGGCAAUGAACUCAUCCGAUCAGUCGAAGAAUCCAUCAAGCUUACCAGACACGAGAAAUUCCAUGCCAUCAUGGCCGAUGAGAUUGGCGGAGGAAACGGAAUGGUCACCUUCCCUACUGCAGUGCACUACGAUAUCCCCACCAUCGAUGGAGAUCUGAUGGGACGAGCUUAUCCUACCAUCCAGCACGGAACCCCUUACGUCUACGGUGAAACAAUCUCACCAUGCGCCUUGGCUGACUCGAAGGGUAACGUCUCGGUCGUCAUGCACGCCGAGUCCAACCAGAGAAUCGAGACCAUGCUUAGAACUACCUGUGUAGAGUUGGGUCUCUUCACCUCCGUUUCCGCUGCUCCCCUUACCGGGAAGGCUAUCAAGAAGUACGCCGUGGAAAACACCAUGUCUCAAGCCUGGUACCUCGGACGAGCCAUCCAUCUCGCUCGCCGUGAGAAGGUCGAUGUCAUCGAAGCAAUCUUCAAAACCACCCCCGGCCGCCUCCUAUACACAGGCAAAAUAAUCGACGUCCACCGAGACGUCAGCCGCGGCUACACAAUGGGCUACUGCAUCCUUGCCCCUCUAUCUAGCGAUGAAGUAGCAGACUCCUACGAUAACACCAAUAGCACCUCAUCUUCCUCAUCUUCCACCGAAACUCAGCCACACCUCAUCAUCCCCUUCCAAAACGAAUAUCUCUACGCCGCUCACGUAUCUAACCUCGAUAAACCCCAAGAGGCAAUCAACCAGGACGUCAUCUGCACCGUCCCAGACCUCAUCUCCAUCCUAGAUAAGGACGGUGAGGCAGUAGGAUCCCAGGAACUCAAGUACGGUCUCCGGGUGCGUGUCAUCGGCAUGGCGGCUCAUCCACUCUGGACCCAGGACCAGAGAGGCCUUGAUGUCGGUGGACCCAAGUAUUUCGGCCUCGACAUGGAGUGGAAGAGCAUCGGGAAGUACCAGAGACCUAGGAGCGUUAUUGAUGAGUUCAAUGUCGUUGUUUGAUUUAAUUCCCUUAAUGCGUUUGUCGUUGCAUACUGGAUUUUGUUGCAUGUUUAGAGAUGUAUAUAUCUCCCCCCCCC